CAAUUUCGUAUUAACUCGACAGCAUAACGAUCACCAAUUUAUUUAUUUCCAGAGCAGAGAAGUAUUUAUAGUGGUGGGAGUUUACUGAAACCGGUGCUAAUCGUUCCUAGCUUCUUUAGUUUUGUGCGCACAUUUAGUGCAAUAUUUUCGUGAGUGACUCUCGCACGUUUUAUGUAUAAAAUAUAAUAAGAGCGCAAGUUAAUCGAAAGCAUUCAAAAAAUGAAUUAAUAAAUCAUACUUUCCUGCUCUACAGUACUCUACUAAUUCACGAAGAUGGACACGAAAUGUUUACUUUGGAUUUUACUCGGACUGGUAUCUACAGACACGAUAAAUGCUGCAAGAAUCUUAGCCAUCACGCCGAUAGCUGGAGCCAGUCACUGGAAUGUUAUGAGCUCCGUACUGGAAGUUUUAUUAAAUCGAGGCCACUCGAUUACAGUAGCGACGCCAUUUUUAAGAAAAAUACCACAUGAGAAUUACACUGAAAUUGAUUUAUCUAAACGUAUACCACUUGCAAUAGGAUCACCUUGGGAAACGGUGGUCGGGGUAUACAAGCCCCCCGUGACAUGUCUGAAAUUUCUAAACGACGCUCAACUAACCACGUGUCGCGCAACAUUCGACCACCCAGACUUACAACGUGCGUUACACGCGGGGCACUACGACCUCGUAAUCACAGAAUUGCUCGGCUCCCGAUGCGAUUUGUACUUGGCCAGCCAUCUGGGUUUACCACACGUAGCCAUCAUCUCCAGUCAGAUGCUGACCUGGUACCAGGAUUCGUUCAACAGUCCGUCGAACCCGUCGUACAUCUCGACCCUGAAUUCCCCAUACCCAAAACCGGAGACGUUCUUGCAACGGUUCUGGAACUUUGUCGACUAUGCGAUUAUUUGCACGUACUUCAAAUACGUGGACACUGCGGCCACGGUGAUGGGACGUAAAUAUUUCGGUGAUAGCAGGCCGAACGCUGAGGCAUUACUCCGUAACGUAUCAAUGGUGUUCCUCAACACACAUUCAAAUUUUGAUUUGUCCAAACCGUUAGCGACGAAUUUCAAAGAAAUCGGAGGCAUUCACUUAAAACCACCCAAACCAUUGCCCUCAGACCUGCAAGAAUUCAUCGACAAUUCCGAACACGGCGUAAUAUAUUUCAGUUUAGGAUCCGUGGUCAGGAUGGAAGAUUUACCAAUUUCUAUACAAUAUGGACUCAAAGAAGGAUUCAGAGAAUUACCACAAAAGGUUUUAUGGAAGUUAGAGUCAGAUCGGCCAAUUAUCGAUCUGCCGAAGAACGUAAUCACACGAAAAUGGUUUCCUCAAUAUGAUAUUAUAAGACAUCCAAAUGUAAAACUUUUCAUUACACACGGUGGUAAUUCUGGCGUUAUCGAAGCGACUAGCGCAGGCAUUCCGGUACUGGGCUUUCCUAUAUUUUUUGACCAACCAAGAAAUUUAGAACUAUUUCAACAUUGGGGUUCCGGCUUAUUUAUAGACCAUAAUAAUUUUACAAAAGAAGACUUUGUAUACAAGAUUAAACGGAUUUUAAGUGAUCAAAGGUUCAAAAAAAAUGCUGUGGAUUUAUCGCACCGUUUCCACGAUCGUCCACUCAAUCCUAAAGACACAGUUGCCUAUUGGAUAGAGUAUGUGUUACGACACAAUGGUGCACAUCAUUUGAAAUCACAGGCCGUAGACACUAAAUGGUAUCAGUAUUUCUCAUUGGACUUACUUGUUAUAGCAUUCGUUAUAAUUACGUCAUUAUUGUACUUCUUUUACAAUGUUAUUUCAAUUAUUUUAAAAUGAAGACCGUCAAUAACGUGAUAUAGUAGCUGAUUUUUAUUAAAUUAUUGGCCAAUCUUCAUUUUUCCAUCUUACUAUUGAAUUUUCUAGCAAUAUAAUAUUUUAUAUGACUUUUAAUUAAAAUCCUCCUUCGAUUAAACAUGAACCGUAUUUGUAGCUCUAAAAACUUUUAUACAGUUUUUGGUUCGGUUUUUUUAUGAGAAAAAAAUGUUGCAUAGUUAAAAUUUAUAAAACCUUUGGCCGAUUCGUGUUUCUUUUAUCUUAUCCAAUUUUACACCCCUUCCUUUACGGUCUGAAUGUUGAAACUUUUAGCUCGAAGCGGUAGGUAGUUUCACCAAAUACGUUCGCACAGCAACAGUACAAACAACAGACGAAGAAAAAUCAAUAACCGUCUUCCUCGUCUUUCAAAGGCCAGUAAUUAAAAAAUAAUAAUAAUAUCCCUAAAAGUUGGGUAUAUCUACAAGUAAUGAUUGAACCUAGAUUAUAGGCUUUUAUGUAUAUUAUUUACUUUUUAAUUACUUAUAAGUAACUAUAACAAUUAUAAUUUAAUUAUAUAUUCCGAAAAUAGAAUGUUUUUUAACUGCAAUAGAAAAUAUUUACAUUAAAAAUAAAAAUAUAAUAAAUCUAUAAAUAUA